AGGGUGAGAAGAUCGGUGUAAACACAAUAAUAAAAAUGACAAUCAGAGCAAGAAGCGAAAAUGGCGUUUUAUUCUAUUUGGGAAGAGGACAGUACGAUUACCUUGGUAUUGAGUUGAUAAAGGGAGAGGUCCAUGUGGCAGUGCAAAAUGGAGCAGGCUCCUACAAGACUAGUGUUGCGCCUGAGCCAUGGACAAAAGUGUGUGAUGGCAAGGCACACGAGAUAAGCAUAGUGAAAGAGGGUCGUAAAGUCACAGUUACUGUUGACUCAAUGCCUCCAAAGGUUGUUACUGGACCAGGAGGAUCUUCAUCUGUUGACACUGGAAACGAACUUGCCUACUUCGGUGGCAUAAGUUCUCGGGUUACUGCAUACGGCAUGUCAACACGGGAUUCUUUCAAUGGCUGCAUUCUCAAAUACGAGGUUGAUGGAAAAGACAAGACAAAUGUCAUUACACCCGAAGGCCUUGCUGCGUACGGAUGCAGUGACGCAUAAUAGUCAUUUGAACUUUAUAGCUAGCUAAGAAACAAAUUUUAUGUUUUAACUUUCUGUUUUUGUCCAAUUUUAUUAAUGUUCUGUAUUUUUUAUAGUUUUCUGAAGUUCGCUUGUAAUAUUGUCUCUCCGCCAUGCUUAGAGACUCCAUAAAUGCCACCUGAGCGAACUAGUAACAUUAUUACCUCUACCCGUAGCCUUAGGCCCUUUUUGUCUAAGAAUCAACAAUCAACAAGCUGACACGUGACACCCUGGAACUGGAUGAUAUUCCAAGAAAGUAUUCCGCUCUAAUAUGAACAGAUUCCCAUAUGGAGGAGCAUCUACGCAAGCGUACUUUUUCUAUGCUCGAUUUUCUUAUCAAGAGGCUAGACCUCGCUAUUUUACGAUUUUCUUAAACUAUUUUACUGGAUUUGUCGUUUCAAGCAAGCCGAAAGCUGUUUCGUAUAAUUUUUUUGCAUGUCCUGUAAUUUCAGCAGAAGAUAGUUAGUUCAUUGUGAUAAAUUGUUAAACACAACUCGUUUUGUACUCUCAAAAACCUUCAAACAUUCAGCUCGGUUUAUUAGAGAGAAAAAAUCAUUAAAACUUCUUUAUGUCCGCGCAUUCAUAGUGUUGUUUUCCGCAUGUUAGAAAUCAGUUCCCGUUAAACCUUAGUGAUGUAACAUCUUCUCAUAUGAAUCAGCUUUUGGUUUGUCUUUAGUGCCAGCUGUAGAUCCAGGUGUAGUUUUGUCGCUAUAGCUCUUUAGGGAGCUGUUCUCGUGUGGAAUGAUCAUUUUUUGCUAUUCAAUACAUUAUUUCUUGAAAACUUAUUUCAAGUAAGUUAGAUUGGCGAAUGUACGAAAAACUAUGACUGAACUUUCCGCUACACUUGAUUUUACAGCUGGGCCACUUUCACCGGAUUUGUCGACGUUUUAUUUGAUUUUAUAUCAUAGAAUUAAUUUUUGAUACCAUGAACUAUUUUUUUACGUAAGCAAGAUAUCGUAAAGGUUUUGUAUCAUUUUUUAAAACAGUUUUCAAAACAUUGAUUUGAUAAUGAGGACCUGCAAAGCAAUUUGCAAAAAGUUGUCUUU